AGGUUGGAUUAUAAAACCAUUAUUUCAAAGCUGUUUCGACAUUACAUGCCCGGAAUUCGAAGGCCAGUCAAGGCCAUUUAGGCAAGACUCGCAGGUACUUGUUAGCGUGUUAUAAUGGGACUUAAUUCGUGGCGAGAUGACACUUCUGAAGCUUUUCUGGUGGUCCUCAUAGUCAUGAGUGGUUUGAUAAAUCUCCCUGGAGCCACGGGCAUGAACUGCAACUCUAAACUGACUAUAAUACCUGAUGUACAGAUUUCCACAAGUCCACCAAGGCAAGAACUAUCUGUAGGUACAGCUGUUAACCUGACUUGUAUGGCACAGCCCAGGAGUAUUGAUGCAGGGUAUUACGAUAGAUGGACCGAGUAUAUUCAGUGGUACGGUCCACAGGACAAGCCAGUUGGACACAGAUGUGUACAGGGUAGACAAAUGGAGUUAAAACAUAUAUGUACGUUGAUGUUAAAAAAUUUGACGGAAGAGCAACUCGGUAGCUACACGUGUGAAGCAGGAAAUGGUUAUCGUGCACAUUGCAGAAGAAAAUCAGUCGAAAUUCGUCCGCGAGACCCCCAGCCCGUUCAAAGUGUGAGAGAUCCAAAGAACCAAAGCACUAUUGACGAUUUUACGGUAAAUUUUACCUACACCACCAAAGAUCGUCUCAAGCAAAACAUCUCAUGCGUGAGGGACAAUGAUCCGUAUUAUGGGCAAUCCAAUCAAAGGGCCAAGGAUCGGUGGAACCUAAGUAUCGUUAUCGGCUCUGAUUUAACUUUGAAUUGUAUUACCACUGGUCAUCCCCCUGGUCACCCUCAGUCCGAUAUAAGGUGGACGAAGCACAACGGUUCAUAUGAUGUCCAAUCCAGGUUAAGGGCUAAGAUCACCCGAGUUCGACGAGACCAAACCAUUCACCACCAACUGUUUAUAGCAAAAGUGAAGAAGGAAGAUGGGGGCAAAUAUCAGUGCGUUGCAAGUAAUAUAGCUGGAGAAAAGGCAUCCAUCGAGGUCAACUUACAUGUGAAUGAUUUAGAUCCUAGAUCUGAUUCACGUACGCUGACCAAAAGGACUGGUUUGCCAAUUUUACAGCUGACUGUGAUCGCUUUCGUAGUAUCUGCAUUUGUAUUUGCAAUUGGAGCAUUUUUAUUGGAUCGACGUCUUGUGAAGAUUAGCAAGUCGAUAUCCAUGAGUCUCCUCCGAAAGCCAGAGAGGCGUGGAGUUACUGCCUUUACAUCUUACAGAGUAUCUUGACUCUGACAACCGACCGAAUAAGAGCAACCGUCACUCUUUCUUCACCAACCUGCAGAAUAACCAAGCUAAUAAUUUGUUUCAACGGACAGAGUGUUGUGAUUAGAAUCAAAUUAGAGCGAACAACGGACAGAGUAACCACGCUAAUUAAUUUAACAACGGACAGAGUAUUGUGAUUACAACCGACUAAAUAAGAGCAAACAACGGACGGAAAAGCCAAGCUAAUUAUUUCUUACAACGGGCAAUGUACCAUGACUACUACCAACCGAAUAAGGGAAGAGUAACUUCUUACUAACCGAGCGCGAGGGCCGCACUAAAGAAUUUUGGAUUUAAGUGGUUUGUUAACUUUCAUGACCAAAAAUACACGGCUUAUGACCGUUUCCUUGGAAACAGUCCGUAGGGCAAAUACGGACCGAGUGAUAACCAAUUAGAGGGCUCAGAUUAAUCCGGCCAUGUAAUAAAACUAGUUACUGGAGUGGUGUCCACAUUUUAGCAAAUAUAAAAUAUGUACCAAUUAUUUUUACGGUUGAAUGAAAAAUGUGCGUACAGAUGACAGUUCGUGACCGUGUAAGUCCCCAUAUCAAACCAGGUGAUAUUCCAAUAACGGAAAGUUACGCAGUACUGUUUAUUUAUGACAUACUCUGACUGAGUGAUGUUCACAGUUGACCGAAACUUGCAAAAAAGUGACUGAGUUAUAUCUACAAAAGCCCAAAAAAGGUUUAUUAAAAAUGUAGGAUCUCUUCGUA